UCCGCCCUUCUGUUUUCCGGUUUAGGGCCGUCGCGUCGGGGAGAAGACGAAGACGGCCGAAAUUCGAUAGCCAUUAGAAUGCGACUGAAGGAGCGCUGAAAUUGGAGCUUCAAGAACAUGGAACCUCAGCCUCAGCUCAAGAACAGCCCUAAACCGAAGCAGAUGAACCCCAAUUGGGCGCUACUCCAACAAAAGCUGAAAAGCCAUGCUUCGAAGCAUCCCAGGUUCUCUAAUGUUCCAAAAUUCGAUACUUCUAACUCUGUUUUGGGUAAACGCAAGGAAAGAUCUGAUGUGGACUCAAUUCGUUCUGACAAGAAUCUUCUCAUUCCAGUGAACGAUGACUUUAGUGUUACAGAUGUAGUAGCCAUGGAUUGCGAAAUGGUUGGUGUGGGUCAAGGUAACAGAAGUGCCCUUGGACGAGUUACACUGGUAAACAAAUGGGGAAAUGUUAUAUAUGACGAGUUUGUGCGACCCAUAGAGCGCGUUGUUGACUUUCGGACUCAAAUUAGUGGCAUAAGACCCUGCGACCUGAAGAAAGCGAAGGAUUUCCCAACAGUCCAGAAGAAGGUUGCAGACUUGAUUAAAGGAAAGAUUGUCGUUGGCCAUGCCUUGUGUAAUGACUUUAAGGCAUUGCUCUUAAGCCAUCCCAAGAAAGAUUUGAGAGACACCUCCGAGUAUCAAUUCUUUCAGAAGGAAGGAUGUAGAAGAGCUCUCCGCCAUCUGGCAGCCGAGUUUCUUGGUGUCGAGAUCCAAAAUGGGGAGCAUUGUCCUAUAGAAGAUGCUCGAUCUGCAAUGCUGCUGUAUCAGAAGAAAAGGAAAGAGUGGGAAAAGAGUCUCAAAUCUGAAAUGAAGCUCAAAUUGAAGCAGAAGAAACGCAAGCCUAGGAAGAAAUCCAAGGAUGGAGGUGGUUUUUGAAUGAUUUGAUCAAACCCCUAAUGUCUUAAUUUGAUUCAGAUCUUAAAAUAUGUGUAACUUGCUAGUAUAGGAGUGACUAAAUGAGUUCCAUUCUUUUAUUUUGUAAGUUAAGAUAGGCCCAGAGGUUGGGAGGGAGACCGUUGGCCUGUGUUGUAGGCCAAAUUUUGAUUUUCAGACUCGAAAAGAAUUACGGCUCACUAAAUAUAAUCUUCAAUCAUGAAAACUAUGUAAUGGAGAAGUUGAUGUAGGUUGUCUUUAAGAGCACUAUUUUUAGUUAAAAUUUCAAAUCAAAUCAAGCUUGGAAGAAA